AUGGAGGAGGUCAUUGCCGGGCUGCAAGGGUUCAUGUUCGACUUUGAGCAGGAUGUGGAACUGCAGAAGGGCACUGGGCUCCUGCCUUUCCAGGGCAUGGACAAGUCCAAUUCAGCUGUGUGCAACUUCUUCGCUAAAGGGCUAUGUGUGAAAGGGAUACUAUGCCCAUUUCGGCACGAGCAGGGUGAGAAGAUGGUGGUGUGCAAACACUGGCUUCGAGGCCUCUGCCGGAAGAGUGAUUGCUGCAGCUUCCUGCACCAGUAUGACGUUAGCCGGAUGCCAGUGUGCUACUUCCACUCAAAGUUCGGUAAUUGCAGCAACAAGGAAUGCCCCUUCCUCCACUUGCAGCCAGAUCCCAAGCUCCAGGAGUGCCCUUGGUAUGACCAAGGGUUCUGCAAGGAAGUAGGUCCCCUGUGUAAAUACCACCAUGUGCAUCAAGUACUGUGUCCCAACUACUUCACUGGCUUCUGCCCCAAGGGACCUAAGUGCCAAUUUGGGCACCCUAAGAUGAGUUCUGUAUUCCAUCCCAGUAAUGUGAAGGUUCAGCCUGUCAAUCAGCCAUGGGAUUCAACAACUUUUACUGGCAACACUCUGGUACCCCCUCCCCAGGCAAAGCCCAUGACCUACCAUCAGAAGAAGUGGAACCUGCCUCAGGCCUACAGCUCAAGGGUCCAACUUGCACCUUAG